UCGCACACGUUUUCGCUUCUCUACCUUGGUGGUUUUAGGAUGUAAACUCUCCCCACCUGGUUUUCCAAAAACUCUUGUGUGGGGUGAUGCAGAAUUCAGAAGGUAUGAAGACCCCAUUGAGCCCCACCCAGCUGAUAGAAAAUGGACAACUGUGCUUUGGCAUCCCAGGCUGCGUGGAGGUAAAGGAUCCCAGCGACUCCAACAUAGACAUGCAGCUCCAGCAGGAGAAGAAGAAGCUGCUCUACUCGCUCUGCGAAGUCUGCAACAUCCAGCUGCACUCGGCUGCACAGGCCCAGGUCCACUUCAAUGGAAAAUCUCACCUCAAGAGGGUCAAACAGCUGAAUAAUGGAGAGCUGCCCACGGCGAGCGUCAGCUCGGCUCCUGCUCCUCUGCACUCUCUCAGCAGCGGCGGCAGUCAAGAAAGCUCAAAGCCAGCGAGCUGGCCUGACCAGGGCACGGAUACAGAUGAGAUGGAGAGGAACGUAAAUGGGGAACACAGCAGGACUCUACUCCAGAGGAAGUUCCUGUCAUAGCAACACGCUCCCCGCUUUGGUUCGGACUCCUUCUCUAAUGAUGCAGUCCGGUCUGGACAUGAAGCCUUUCAUGACCUUCCCCGUGGAGAGCUCCUCUCCGGUCGGCCUGUUCCCUAAUUUC